GUCGUGUCAUUCAGUGCAAAAUUUUCAUCAUCUUUGGUCGCAAUUCGGCUCGUUUCGAACGAAAUAAUCCGGAUUUUACGCGUUCAUUGGCAAUUAAUCGUCCGAAAAGGUGUCCCAAACCAUAAAUCGCACCCAUGACCACCAUGGAGCGUUCCGUUGUCAAUCCGGCAACACCCGUCGCCCGGCAGCCCAGUCUGGACGACAUGAAUCUGGACCAGUUCCUGAAGAUUUCCAACUACGAGGACACGGUCAAACAGCUGGAUAUUUACUAUGGGAUCGUUAAGCGGCAACUGUUGCAGUUCCAAAGUCCGAUUACCGGCUUGUUUCCGGUUUUGAGCACCGAUCGGGAAGUUGGAAGCAUCCGUGAUAGCGUUUACUGUGCCGCUUCGAUCUGGAGUUUGUAUCAAGCAUACAGGCGAAUCGAUGAUGACCGUGGCAAAUCGUACGAAUUAGGCCAAUCCGCAGUCAAGUGCAUGCGAGGAGUUUUGGAAUGCUGGAUCAAACAAGCCCACCGGGUGGAGAAGUUUAAAUCGCGUCAAUGCGCCAUCAAUGCACUGCACUGCAAGUUCCACCUGGACACCGGAGAGGAAAUCUACUCGGACGAAAAGUACAAUCACCUGCAGAUCGACGUGGUCUCAAUCUACCUCAUAUUCCUGGUGCAGAUGAUAUCGUCGGGACUGCAGAUCAUCUACACCCAGGACGAGGUGGCCUUCGUGCAGAACUUGGUUUACUACGUGGAGCGUGCCUACCGGACGCCGGACUACGGAAUGUGGGAGCGAGGUUCCAAGUACAACGAUGGAACGCCGGAAAUUCACGCCUCUUCGAUCGGAAUGGCCAAGUCGGCGCUGGAGGCCAUCAAUGGAUGCAAUCUGUUCGGCGAGAAGGGUGCCUCGUGGAGUGUUGUCUACGUAGACAUCGAUGCGCACAAUCGAAAUCGCAGUAUCUUCGAAACCAUGCUACCUCGGGAGUCCAGCUCGAAGGGAGUGGACGCCUCUUUAAUCCCUACGCUGUCAUUUCCGGCUUUUGCUUCGCACGAAGAUCGGCUGGUAGAUUUGACCAAGAACAAUGUGAUCAAACGGCUGCGUGGCAAGAAGGGUUUUAAGCGGUUUAGCCGCGAUGGGUACUUGUCACGGUUGGAGGACAAAACCAGACGAUACUACACUAAGGGAGAGAUUAAGGAUUUUGAAAACUUCGAGUGCGAAUGGCCGAUAUUCUAUACGUAUAUGAUCAUCGACGGGGUGUUCAAAAACAACUUGGAGCAGAUCGAGGAGUACCAGAUGGAGCUAAGGAAGUGCAUGCACUCGGAUUUGAAUGGAGACCCCGUGGUUUCCAUGUGCUACGCUCCGGAUGGCGAUGGCAUGUACACCCGUGCCUCGUCCCAUUCGCUGUUCCUUUGGGGUCAAUCGGUGUUCAUCAUCGCCCAGCUGCUGACGGCCGGCUUGCUGCACAUCAACGAACUGGACCCGAUCCGUCGCUAUCUGCCGUCCUACAAUCGUCCCCGGAAGGGUGGGCGUUAUUCCGCUUUUCAGGCUAAGCCAGGAAUUCGUACCAAAAUAGGAAGUGCCCUAGCAAUAAUGCACGAUGGUAAUGGGAAUAAUGGGCAUACAGCUUUGAAACGCAAUAGUGGGGGGAUGGCUGUGAUGGCGGCGACGACGACGACGACGAUGACGAAUACCACGAUGGGUGGUGGCCACCACCAUGGUUCCGGUUCCGGCUGUGGAGGCGGUAAAAGUGCCGGAGUGUGUAACGAUAGCGUCGAGGCUCAUGCGGUUGACCUGGGCAGCAGUCGUGACACGGAACCCGGCCAUUCGGAAGCGUCGGAAGUGAUCGAUAAGCAACGUGGUACGGCUACCGACUUGGUAGUGCAAAUUGUCCUGAUUGCCGAAUCCAUGCGUCUACAGGCAAUGAUGGCCACCUACGGUAUUCAGACCCAAACUCCUCACGAGGUUGAACCCGUGCAGAUCUGGUCCUCAACCCAGCUGAUAAACGUGUACCAACAGUUGGGAGUGAACGACAAAAUUGGUCUCACUGGACGACCUCCGCGUCCCGUCGGAUCUCUGGGAACCAGUAAGGUUUACCGUAUUUGCGGAAUGACCGUGUUGUGCUACCCGCUGAUCUUCGAAGUGUCAGACUUUUACCUAUACCGAGAUAUGGCGUUGCUGAUCGAUGACAUCAAAACUGAACUGCAGUUCGUGGGCAAGUAUUGGCGCCUGUCGGGAAGGCCCACGGUCUGUUUGUUGAUCCGAGAAGAGCAUAUGCGUGAUCCCCAGUUCAAGGAGAUGAUCGAUUUGCUUGCCAUGUUGAAGAAGGGCUAUUGCGACGGAAUGAAGGUUCGCAUCGGUCGUCUGCAGAAUCUCAUCUCAAGCUCCUGUAUCGAACAUUUGGACUUCAUGUCCCAAUCGGAUCUUCCCGAUGCAACUGAGAGUGCGUUUGCACAGAUCCACCAUGACUACAUCGGGUAUCAGAGCUUGACGGAUGUUCCUCGGGCUCAGUCCUAUCGCGAGAAGAAGAUUAUUGCUCACGAUUAUCAGAACCGAUCGACCCCGGAUAUCAUUGAAGCGUUGAGAAAUACCGAAUCUAUCUUCUUGCAGUGUCAACUCCUCGGAAUAAUUUUGCUUCGUGAAGGUGCUAACUACGAGAUUACCGGAGAUACAGUUCAUGCUCGUCUAACUGACCUAUAUUAUCGCGCUGGUACGCUUCGUUACUGGCGAGCUGUUCGCUAUUGUAGUUCCUUGCUUCGACACAUCGUCGACUCCAUUUCACCUUUCAUCACUACCGUGCUGGUAAACGGAAAGCAAAUUACGGUGGGCGUAAUCGGACAGCGGGAAACAGUGUUCGACAAACCAAUGACUCCGUCGGAGAUCCAGAACGUGAUGUAUUCCACGGUGCAACCAUACGAUGUGAUCCACGCUGUACUGCAGCAAGAAGUGGUGCUCUACUGUGGUCGUUUGAUCGCUACCAAUCCGGAUAUUUUCAAGGGUAUUCUUAAGAUCCGUGUCGGCUGGGUGCUGGAAGCUAUGAAGCUAUACCUAACCAUGACGGGCGAUGAAGAUGCAGAUAUUGAAAAUCUGUCGCCGUUCUCGAUCCGGAAACUGCUGCUGCGGGUUUUGACCGUUAGUUUGUGGGCAGCUGAUGAUAGUUUCAGCGCAUUGCAACGCCGUCAACUGGAGGGCUGUCUCUUCCGCGUCCCGCCAUCGCUGUACAAUCACGUAUGGGAUGUCCUCGAGCGAACACCUCUCGGUAUCACCGUUCAAGGCCACCAACUUCCCGCUUUGGCCACUCUGACCAACAAAAGCCGUAGCGAGUUCUCGUUCGCUCUGCAGGUGGAGGAGAUGUUGAACAAAAUCAAUCAACCGGAAAGGCGUCAGAUUGUGGUCGAGCUGUUGGUCAUCGUGGCCACCAUUCUGCGGCGGAACCCAGAGCUGCGGUUCAACCAGAUUUUGGACUUGGACUUACUGUUGGAGGAUUCGUUCAGCAUGUACUGCAAGGACAACGAUUUGCCGCUGACCAAGGACAUUUCGCCGCUGUUUUCGCUGUCUCAGAAUCAGACCACCGGCUAUUUGGCCCGGGCAGCGGUCAACAGUGUGCUGCAGAGGUGCGCCCUCGCUACGGAGGACUUUGCCGAGGACGUUGAAGACCACUGCCGGAUGCAGUAGGGUAGCGACAUUCAACUCUUAUUCUUAUGUUUUACAAUCAGGUGCUUUGCGGCACAUCUCCUUGUGUUAGCCGGAUUUCAGUUAAAAAUUAUACACGGAUUUUAGUGUUUUGUUGUUAGUCGAUUAAGCUAUGCUACUUUUGUAGAAUUGUAGUGGAAAUUGUUCGAUUAAAUUCCAAAGACUUUUUAUGAACAUUUUUCGAACCCUGAUUUGGCCAUGUGUACAUCAUAUUUUAUACCAAGUAGAGAUUUAAGCUUUUAAGAUUUAGGAUUAUAAUAUUGUUAGGCCGGAAAAGUAAGCCUAGAUGCCAGUAAAACUGUUUUCAAUCGCAAUGAUAAUUAAUAAAAAAGUAUAUUGGAACAAAUUAAAAGUGUUUUGAUGUGUCCUUAUCCGAUGAUCCAUUUAUC